GUUGAUCGUUUGGAUAAUCUCCAUUGGACUACUGAGCCCCCAUGUUUAUUGGAGUGAUUUCAUUGUUGCAGCUGAUUUGACGUGCGUAUUGAUGAUUCUCGCUGUUCUAAUGGUUGGUAAAUUGACAGAUGCCGACCGAAAAUGGAGGAUAAUAUUAUUUUCUUUUUGUUGUUUAUUUAUAGCAGCUGGAAUCACUUUCUCUGUUCUAACCACAGUUUGCGAAAUUCCAAAAUACGGAAAAUUUGCAGUUCCGUCGUCAAAAUCUUGGUGUAGUAUAAUGUUUUUUAAUAUAGCAUUUCUCGUUCUGUCGAUAAUUUUGUGGUGUAGCGCAAUGUUCGUUUGCAUUUUCACAUAUCGUACAUAAAUCAAAAACUACAACUUUGAAGCUUUUGAAAAAGUUAUGCAAUGGAUACUCCAGAAGUUUUAUCGACAGAUUGAUAGUUGAAGCGUCCUUAGUUACAAUAUUAUCAUAUCAAGGCUUGAAUGUUAGGUAGUGCAUAGUGAAGAUUCCAGAUUUCUAUGUUUUUUUCGUCAAC